AUGGGAAGUGCGGCAAGCGUCCAAGGCGGAGGAACGCUGACAACGACACCGCACUAUGAACAAGAGCGCCUUCCUACCAUAGAGUGCACGCUGAAAGGUCUACCUGGGGCCAUAGAAGAAUCGAUUUACGUUAGGGACAGAUGGCCUGUCAUCAUAGAUCCAGAGGGACAGGCGACGCGAUACUUGCGCUACCAACGCGGUGCUUUGCUUUUAGGAGACAACCGCGAUGACAUGGAGAAGGACAACCUCCGAGCGCGACUCGUGGCGUGUUUGAUGCAUGGUGGAAAUUUCUGUGUGGUGUUCCAGUCUCUGGCAGGAGUGCACUUCGAGGACCUUUUCGAUGAGGAUCGUUUUCCGGCAGGGGUUCUGGACCGCCGACGGGUGUUCCUCGAAGAAACGUGGGGAAAACUCUUGCGACCGGACAAGGGAGAUCCCACUCCCGAUCUCUUUCUCCCCCGAGACGACUUCACUUUCAUCGUGGUCACAGGCAAGGAGGAAGCUCUACCAGAGGAAGUUCUGGCAUGGAUGACGACCAUACGUGUGGGGGACGUCGAGCAGCAAGCCGAAGGCGGGGACAAGGAUGCUAAAGUCGACCAAGAGCUCGCAGGUCUCUUCGGCGCACCGGAGGUCAAGCGAAUAUCCAAGGCGAUGGUAGAGGCGGCGUUUGAUGGAGAACUGGACGAGGUGAAGAAUUGGCUGGACAAAGGAUUUCACGUCGAAAGCGCAGAUGGGCGCGGGCACACCAGCAUCAGCGAGGCGGCGGCGCAAGGCCACGAUGACCUGAUACGGUUGCUUUUGGCCGAAGGAGCAAACCCCAACGCGCUGAAUGACAGCGGGCGUUCAGCCUUGUGGCGAUCUUGCUACAAUGGACACGCGGGGGCCCUGAAGCUUCUCCUUGAAGCGGGCGCAGAUCCAUCUUUUCGAGACAAAGUAUCUCACGAGGGCCCCUAUGACGUGGCCAAAACCGACGAAAUCCGAGGGAUUCUGGACGCGUGGGACCCUGAGGUGACCACUCGCUUGUGUGAAGAGCGCAAGAAACAGAUGCGGGCGAGGGCGGAGGAGCGCCUGACCACAGCGGCAGAGCGAGAUCACCUCGCACGCACCAUCAUUCAGGACGAGCUGAUCGACAAAGCUGUCGCCGGCGACGUUCCCGGGCUCAAGGAGCAGCUGACCGAGCUUGCGGAUGACGCUGAGAUGACCGGACAGCGGCCUAGGGCCACGUGCGAAGUGAGGGACCCUCGAGGGAUGACUUUGCUCUCGCUGGCCGCGCAACACGACCGGUCGGGGGUGGUGGAGCUACUCCUGACGCACUGGAAGACCUGCGACGACAGCAGCAGCACGUUUGGAGGAACUCCGGGGACGUUGAGCUGGCAAUGCAGAGUGUUCAGGGCUAACCCGAACUCGAGGGAUUUGAAAGGGUGGAACCCUGCCGCAAUCGCCGUCUUUCACGAGUCCAAGGCAGCCUUGAAGCUGCUCUUGGAACACGGGGCGGACCCACACCUCAAGUCUUCCUACAACAAAAGCGCUUGGGAUAUGGCGCAGGAUGACCUAGAUGCAGCCGGGAAAGUGGUCAGGUCUAGGGAAGAAAUUCGUGGCGUAAUCAACCAAUGGGAGCUGGACACGGGACAACAAGUGCAUCUGCAGCCUCCUCGUAACGACCCUAUCGGUGCAGAUGGGGUCCCUGUAGGACAACCAAAAGAUGGCACGGCUACGAUGUUGGCCAUUGAGGUUGCCAAGGGAGGGAAAACAGCUGGGAAAGGGGGCGGGAAAUCAAAGAGUGGCGUAAAAAAGGCUGCCGCGAACAAAAAAAAGAAGGGACAAUAG